UGACCGCGCACGUCUCCAUCGCUUUUAAUCGGGAGCGCGGACGUGCGCGUCCCCGCGGUGUCUUUGUGUGGCGGCGUAGAGAAGCGCAAUUACAAAAACCAUGGCCGACGAGAAACCCAAGGAGGGUGUAAAGACAGAGAACAAUGACCACAUCAACCUGAAGGUAGCAGGACAGGACGGGUCGGUGGUCCAGUUUAAAAUCAAGAGACACACACCCCUCAGCAAGCUUAUGAAGGCCUACUGCGAGAGACAGGGAUUGACGAUGAGGCAGAUUCGAUUCCGGUUUGACGGACAGCCCAUUAAUGAAACAGACACGCCCGCACAGUUGGAAAUGGAAGAUGAAGACACAAUUGACGUUUUCCAGCAACAGACAGGAGGACUCUAAAUCUGACUUCACCAAUCGCAAACCCUCUUCUCUCUCUCUCUCUCUCUCUCUGUCACCCCAGAGCUCGCAUCAUCAUCAUCAUCAUCAUCAUCAUAUGGUUAUCUGUAACUGCUGUUGUAUAGUGUUUUAGUUCAUAUUAUACUCUUUGUUUUGUACAUAAAGAAUUCCUGCUACAGUAAAUAUUACAUUGGGAUUGUUUGUUGCCUUGUAACAUCUGACAAGUCAAGCCCAGAGGUUUGGAGAAAGAUAUCGAGUAAAAUCUGUGUGUAGACCAACUCUAAUGAUUUUCACAGUUUUGAUUGUGUAGCUGCACCCAACAUCUGGUUCAGGUAUGAACACACAGGCUUUGGGUUUUUUUUUUUUUUUUGAGAAAUCUUCUGUUAUACGUUCUGUUAUAGCAGACAGAAACCUUCAGUUCAGAUCGAGUUCCUUUUGUUCGUUCAGAUAAAUUGGUUUUAAUUUGUUUUUUAUUGUAGUGGUCAUUUGUAGCGUGCCACUCGUCUUAAACAUGUGUUGACUCGAGUGUGUAAGUGAAGACAUGUUUCAGACGACUCAAACAUCUGUACUGUCAAAUCUCUUGUUAAAAUAAAUAUUCUCUUUUUAUCAAA